AUGACGCGGACAGUGUUUCUGUGCCACGUCGUCUUUCAACUGACACUGGUCUUCGUAGCCAUACACGGAAAUCAAAGCACCAACGACAGUAGUGCUGGUGGUGGAAGCGGCAACAACGUCGGAGAUUUCGGUGGGGUCACUUAUAUACCAGCAGAGAAUCUGCGCGAUCAGCUUCUGAACAAUACGGAUAUCAAUCCAGACACAUUGGUGGCAGUAGCUUCCAGCUACAGAGCGCUCAAUGACGACUCUAUCGGGAUAAGGGGCGCCACCGCCCCUAAUACGACAGUGUUCGCGUCAAUUCUGGUCAUGCCCUCAUUUACUAAUGACACAGUGUCGACCUCUGGAAAUCAAUCUGAACCAACGCUCAAUAACAAGCUCUCGGAUCGCACGCAGCUCUUGUACAACUGCACUUCCGCUGCGAAUCUUUGGAACCUUCUUGAGGACUCUAACGUGGUGAAGCUGGAGGAUUUUCAACAAUUUCCAAGCAGCGACAGCAACACUGUGGAUUCAUCAUCUGGCAGCAACGCUAAUACGUCUGCCCCUCGCGAUACCAUUGCCGUUGCUGUGGUACAGAUUGCAGAUUGCUCCGCAAUUCAAAACACAUCGAUGAGACGAUCUGUGGUUUUGAACUCAUUCUUUGGGACUGCCUUUCAGAAUUCUUCUCUCUUGUACCUAUUCAUUACUGGCAGUGUGGUGCUGAGUAACUCUUCUGGUUCUAAUUCCUCGUCAUCGGCUGAUUGUAGACUAAAGCUGGAAAUGGCCCAAGCGAUUCUGUCAGAUGUGUAUCCACAGUGCAAGAUCAGGUUCGGAUCGACAGACCUCGAUACUAUUCUGUUGGAAUCUCCAGCUCUAAACGAUGACAGUGAACGACCAUCUCGGCGGCUUGAAGAUGCAAGUUCUUUUGACUUUAUUAGAGAUCCGUCGUGCACGACCGAGUGUGGAGUUGAUGACCUCGAUCAUAAUAAUUGCUACGCUCCAGCGUCGGAUGGCCAGCAAACAGUGGUUCAGUGUAAAAUGCAGUUCUAUGCGAAGAACAGCGCUUGUAACUUCGAAUGUGGCGAUGAAACAGGUUCUCCGCAUAAUCAGUCAGCGCUUGACGUGAGCCAAUGCUACAGCUGCUACUCUGAAUCCAAGUACGGGUGUCCAUCCGGAUACUUAUCAAACAGUGCGGGCUGCUGUCGAGUUUUGACCUGUCCGGCAAUUGCAGACACAGCAAUGUCGUCGCCAAGAACAUUCACUCUAAAUUUACAACCAAACCGAAGUACCAUCACGAAUCCCUCGAUGUUGCUGUAUACCAGUGGCGAUUGUUCCGAUCCAACAAAUCCAUCGAACGACUGCUGUCGUAUCACAUGUGAAAACUGCUUUAUCAACAUGUCAAUUGCGUCGCUGUAUGCUGAAAUUGACGUUCAUUCGCCUUCACUUGAUUACUACACAGCAACCGAGAUAAAAUUGGUGGGAAAUUCGGCGAUAAAUGUCAAGGUUGUUUCUCCAAACGGUUGCAAACUCGAGUCAACGAUGCUGAGGUCGUUCCGGAUUACUCCGUUGUCGAUACCACUAGGCCUGACUUCUCUCGAAGUUGACUUUACCGUGGAUUUUACUGGAGAACUCGCUAUCAAACCUCAUGGUACCAGUGCUGAGAUUGGAGUUACCGUCCAGAUUCAACAUUUGACUACUGGAUCAGUGAAUUCUAGCGACUUUGUCGACAAGCAAAUUGUGUUUCAAGGAGAAGACAUCACAAAAAGAGGCGUCGAUACUGUCGUUGGGCUAUCCGUGACUCCCACAAUUAGAGCGAAUCUAGUGUUUCUAGAGCUCGUAAACAUCGGGAUUCAAGCUGGAAUUCCUACAUUUGUACGUCUGGAGUCAACAGUCAAGUAUCCAGAACAGUUUUCUGCCUUGACAACGCCAUAUCUCGACUCUUCCUCAGAAUAUCACGGUGGCGAUUGUACUGCGUCUCACUUCAUGGAAUACAGGGGAGUUUGUGGGCACAAGCCUGUCGAGAUCGCAUCGUUCGCAACAAUCGAGAAUCCAUGGGACUUGGAUCUAGUAAUGGACAAACCACCGGUGCAGUUUGGCUCAGAAAAUACUAGCAGCCUGUUCAGUGGAUGCAUCUCUUCCGAGUACAAUGCGAUUAUGCUCUUAUCUACCGCAGCGAACGCAGUCACGUCAGCCACAGUAGCAAAAGUAUCGACGGCACUUCAGAAGAUCCUAAUGUAUGCUCUUGAACUCCCUGACAUCGACCCCAACUUUCUCAAAAUUUCCAUUCAUUCCUCGGGUCAAAUCUCCGUCACCAUCUCAGUGCCUCCUUCUGUCGCCGACAAAUACCCCACACAGCUUGACCUAGAAACCCAAUUUUACCAAGUCGCAAGAACUACCACUUUCGCUGACACUGAUGGUGGGGUCGGAGCUGCAGCGAUCGAUGCGUUGCACUCCAUUGCACCAACGACACUGUUAGCUGCGAUUCCAAUGACGGGACAGUGUCCAACUGCAGCUCUUGUGAGGAUGGUUACUACGGAUCUACUUGUGAGAAUGAGUGCGAAUUACCGGAGCAUUGUGCGAUUUCAAAGUGUGAACAGCAAGAAGGGGGUGACGUCGAGUGCUUGUCAUGCGAAGACGGUUAUUACGGACCCAAUUGUGAAAGUACGUGCACUAUCCUGGAGAAAUGCCAGACUUCACGAUGUGAUAAAGAAUCCGGGGAAGACGUCGAAUGCGUGGUCUGCGAUGACGGCUACUAUGAUCCAAGCUGGUGGUGGCAUGCUAUGUGCCGUGAGCAGUGCUUGUCGAGCCACUGUAUCGUUGGUGCCGCCACUUGUAACAUUGAUGAUGGAGCUGUCACCUCGUGUAAUUCAUGUGAAGAUGGCCGGUGGGAUGGCUAUUGGGGGCCAAUUUGUGAAAACACUUGCGGGUUGCAGGACCACUGCACAAGCACGCGAUGCGACCAGAGCACAGGAACUGAAAUCGAGUGCACGGGAUGUAGCGAUGGGUGGGUGGGGAGUCUUUGCGAUUCCACCUCGACUACUGCAACGAGCUCGUCUGCGGAUACAGAUGCUGGAACAAAUACAGCGCCACACCAACAUUCGACAAGUUUCAUAG